CCUGCGUGAGCUGCUGCAUUUCAGACCUGCCCUGAGAUCCGCCGCACAGCACGCCACUCCAGACGACUCCGCGCAUUCAAUACAUCACAAUCCGCGCAGCCAAGGAAACCCAGCAAAACUCUGCCCCCCAAAUCCCCGGACCCUCAGGGUGGGGUAGAGACUCAGAGAAGAAGCAGCUCAAACAAAAGCACUCCUCUUGGCUUUAAGAUUAAAAAAAUACCAGCUGCAAAAAAAAAGUUCAGAUACAAACUCAAGACGAUAAGCGGAACCGAUCGGCGUCUCCACAUUUUCAUGCAAAACUUUUCCUGAAGCCACUGAACGAGCAGCGAGCAUCAAACUGACGGACUGAAAAUGGCAAUCUCAUGGACACUCGUUGUAUUAGGUGUCCUCCUGUAUAGCAUGUCAUCCGCAUCACUUGAUCCUUCUGACCCAGGCGCGCAACCCGAUCCGUCUGACCCAGGCGCGCAACCCGAUCCGUCUGACCCAGCCGGGCAACCCGGUCCAGCUGGCCCAGCAGCACGACUCGACCCUUCCAAACAGACUAUAACUGGCAAAGAAGCCAACACUGGGUCACCAACUAAAUUGCUCACCACAGCAUCACCAGAUUCUACAACUACUAUUUCUAAGAGUCUUCAGACUCUGGAAGCACAAACAACCAUUGCUCCGAUCACAACAGCCCUGCUUCUGGAACCGCGUACACAUAACGACAAUACUGGGACUGUCAACAUUCAACCCAUAUUCAAUCAUGAUCCCUUUGAUCUAAGCAGCAGCAGUAAGGGGAAUGUCAUCCGUGAAGCCUGUAAGACGCUGGGUCAGAAGAUGAAAGGAAAUUGCACCGUGAUGGUGGAAAUUAAUGACAAGCAAUUAACUGCAACAAUAACAAUAGAUGCCGACCAAAAGAUACCGCCAGAAAACUACAAACCUCUAGAACCUGUCAGUGGAGUUACAGACAAUAAUGCUUUACAGAAAGAGGAUCUAAACAAGGACACGAUACCAGACACGUUGAUCGCCAUCUUGGCUUCUUGUGGUGCUUUGGUGCUCAUUCUGUGCUGCUUUGCUGCGUACUGCACUUAUCAUCGCAGAUCCUACAGGAAGAACCAGCAACACCUGACAGAAGAGCUGCAGACAGUGGAGAAUGGUUAUCAUGACAAUCCCACACUGGAGGUGAUGGAGGUACAGCCGGAGAUGCAAGAGAAAAAACUGACAAUGAACGGGGAGUUCAACGACAGCUGGAUCGUCCCCAUAGACAACCUGCUGAAAGAGGACAUACCUGCUGAAGAAGACACACACUUGUAAAGGCAUCAGAUGAACCGUCUGGAGAAGGAAACCUGCUGCUCUCAUAACGGUAGAUUGUGACCGGCCAGAAUGUAGAUUAAGCAGAGAUUGACAUAAAGACUAUCAAACGACAAUGUUUUCAUUUGGUGCCCGGGUGUAUAUGCUGUAAUUAAGUAGUUGAAUGUCAAGUAUGUGCUAGAAAUAGCCGAAAAGUUUUUAGGUUUCGUGUCACUGUGCAUGGGAAAGGGAAAAUCUGUAAAUGGAAUGACAAUGCAUUGUGCCUUAACUUUUCUUCAGCAGGAUUAGUUCAUGCUUUAAAACAAAUAGUUUUCUAAUAAACAAUUUGAUGAACACAAAAUAUCUAGCAAAUAAUAGGUAAUAUACCCAUUUAUGAUUUCAAACAGAUUUGGUCCAAUCAUUUUCAGUAUUGAAUGAAAAAAUAAUUUAGGUUUUGCUCGCCAUCUUGGAACGUUUUUCCCACUGCAAUGCAUGUUGGGACUGCAUUCUCUAAAUGUGAAGCUGGCCAAAAUAAGGCCUCGAUUUCACUGCCUUUGCAUUAGGAGUGUGCCUUAUGAUGCUGUCAAGCAAUGCUAAUUAUUUUAUCUAAAAACAAAAAUAAA